AGACACAAUGCAUGUUCAGAUACUCAUUCUAAGGAAAUAAGCAGUGAUAAAAAAUUUUCUUUUGCACCAUCUGAUCAAGCAUGUGUUACUAUGAAUGUAUGCAAAAAAGAAUUGAUAAAUAUCAACUACUAAGUCUUCAAGAGCUGAAAAUGUGCUAGUGUCUGAUAAACGGUAAGAACAGACAAAAAAAUCGCUCAUCAGACACAACCUACCGUUUAUUCUGUAGGGGAUAUGCUGAGAGUCACAUAGUAAUUAUGUAAGGACAAUAACUAAACAAUAAAACCCCCAAAGUUGGAGUUGCAAUCAAUCGUUUUUAGUAUGAUUUUCAUUGAUCUCAAUGGACUGCAGUACACACAAGUGGGCCACUUGUGGAAUCAAAAACAAAUUUACGAUUACCUAAUAAAUAAUAGGUAUCAAUGUCUAUUUUUGGUAAAGUAACAACGUUUUCAUGGCAAAAAAUGAUUGAAGGUGAUUAGUUCAAGUCAGUAAGCAAAAAAAUGCUCAAGGUGAAUAUUAUGGAUCAGUUCAGCAACAUAACACUGAGAAUCAUAAUUAUGUCAUGUGUCAGUUGUGUGCUGUGUUUAUGUCUUAAUUUUGUCUAUAAUUAUUAUGUCGCAUUUUUUGGCCAGAUUUUUACGGCGGAUUUUUUAUGAGGCAGAUUUUUCAAGAUAAAAAAUAGAAUAAUGGGUGAAAAUGCAUAAUUUAUCAGGGCCUAGCCUGGUCUUAACAUGUUUUUAGCCUUUUGGUAUUUUGAUUUGUGCUAUCGACUGUGAAAAGUGAAUAUUGUCAACGUUCUCUUAACUGUCUAAGUACUCUAAAUCUCCAGUCCCUCACACAGAUAGUACAAAGUGAUUUAAACCUUCAUGGAAAACCUUUUCUUUAUGUAACUCUUCAGCAGUUUACAUGCAUAUACACGGCAGUAUACCGGCGUACAUAGCUCUAUCAGAAAAGUUAUGUAUCGAACAGACACGUGUAGAAACUGGAAAAUGAUUAGUUGUUAUGGAUGGGAUCAGGAGUGCACUCCUGAUGGUUUCAUGUCAGUACCAAUGAAGUUUAUCAUUGCUCGCUGUUGUCAUUGCGUGCGUCAGAGUAUAGUUACUGUAUCUGCACUGCCUGUUGUUAUCAACAUAGAUAAAUAACCCAGUAACUAAUGCGGAAAUAGUUUAUAAACUUAGUCUAUAAGUGCAUGAUUAAUUCAUUAUAAUUGUUAUUGAACAAAACUUAUAAUGUCCCUAAAGGAAACAAGCAAAGUAUAAGCGACAGCUUUUGGGAGAAAAUGAAUAAUUAUAUAUAAACAAAAGUUCAGUUUGCACUGCAGUAUAAUUUUGUAUCAUGUGUAAACAAGGCAGUGUCAAGAUUGUAUGAGGACAGAAGUCACAUGCAGAACAAGUAUACAAAGGGCACUCUAACGGUGACCUUUGCUCUCAAUCCUAUAUAUAUACCUCAUGCACUUGUACGCUUAUCACAGUACAGAAUAUUUAUAAUUAUACAACUAUAGAACUGAAGUACUAUAAUUUGCCUCGUGGCAACUAUAAUACGUUAACUAUAACAACUGGAUGCAAUAGCCAAUAAUUAUGGAUUACAAGCUGAACUAUAUUUCUCCUCGAUUCAGCAUUCAUGCAUGUUAUUUUAUUUGAUCUUGACACAUUCAAUUUGCAAUUAUUGUGCAAUUAUAAUAGUUUGGUAAACAAAUGCACCACCAAGAGUGUGUAUUAUUAUAGCCUCUGAAACUCGAGCUAAAUAACACUGCAGCCUAUAAAACUGUUUGGUCCUACAACAGCUCCAUAUAACUAAAAUAUAAAUAUCGUUAGCGUGGUUGGUCUUUAUGAUGAGAGUCACUUACGCUUUGCUGUUACUAUCACACAUAUUAUGUCUAUGUGGAGUAAAAGGAUCAUGUACAUUUAGAUCGCAGCCUACUAACAUACAUGUGCUUUCUGGAGACUCCGCUUGGUUUGGUUGUGAUUGCCAAGAAGAAAGGCAUGAUGCACCUUCGUGGAUUAUUGAUAGUGUAAUAUAUCCACACUCAUACUUACCGCCACCAUAUCAUUUUAAUUCACAACUUUCUUCUUUGGAAAUCACUAAAGUUGCCACGUCAAUGAAUCUCACUAACAUUCAGUGUGUUAUUGGGUCAAUGUACAGUACUAUAGGAAUUGUGUAUGUUUUAGACAAUGAUAUAAUCGAUUACACUCCAACAACAAGACUUAAUGUCAGAACUGAAAGUCAAUUCAUGGCCCAAAAUUCACCUGAAUUAUCGAUAUCCUUCACAGGAAACACUGGAUUAAGGCUUGAGAGUAAAGGAGAACACAAUAAAUACAGCACACAAUGCAAUACAGUGAAUCUAGGACCAGACGGAGAAAUUGAUCUAUAUAAUUAUGUCGUUAUUGGAGGGAUUGGAUCUUCUCUUGGAAUUCUAAGCACAGUAGUUCCAGUAACUCUAUUCAUUGCCUUUAAAUGCAAGAAAUGCAAAGCCCGACAGAAAACUGGCAAUUCUCUGCAUAUCUACGAGGAACCUAACUUACCUGAACCAGUGUACGACCAAAUAUUGAAUAAGGUGGUGUUCAUCGGAAUGGAAGCAAGCAAAGAUCCAAUUCAUAUGGAAGUAAAUGAAGCUUAUACUACAGUCAAAGAGCUGAACAACUGAGUACACAAACUAUAUAAUGAUCUAUUUAAGCCAGCAUAAGUAUAUAAUGCCGGCUAAAUGGAUAUAUACCCGUGCAAAAAAAUUUAUCCACUGUGUGUCAG